AUGGCAGAAAGACGAAGAGAGAGAAGAAAUGUGUUGCAGACAGUGGAUGACAGUGAGUUGUUAAGACGCUAUAGAUUAGAUCGUGCAGGGAUCAUGUUUGUGACUGAUCUUAUUAGAGAUGCGCUAACAUUACCGACACAGCGCAGGAAUGCCAUAAUGCCAGAAAUGAAAGUAAUCACUACAUUACGAUAUUUGGCAACUGGGAAAAUGCAACAAUGCAGCAGUGAUGAUUUGGGUCUGUCACAACCUUCUGUAAGCAGAGUGAUCACACAAACAAUUACAGCACUUUCAGAACCUCUUAUUGUGUCCACGUUUCCACUGGACAUUCCCACCUUGCAGGCUCAAAAAACUGCAUUUGUCAAUAUAGCAGGCUUCCCUGGUGUUGUCGGAGUAAUAGAUGGAACCCACAUCCGAAUUAUCGCACCGUCGAAAGAAGAGGACGUUUAUAUUAAUAGAAAGAGGUACCACAGCAUAAACGUUCAAGUUGUUUUCAGUGCAGAUUAUACGAUUUUAGACAUUGUUGCAAAAUGGCCCGGCGCAACACAUGAUGCCAGGAUACUGGCGGAGAGUGGCCUGAGACAUCUGUUUGAAGGACAUCGUAUUCCAGCAUAUUGCCACUUGUUAGGGGACAGUGGUUAUCCUUGUAAACCAUGGCUCCUCACACUUUACCUCCGUCCUGAGCAGGGGUCACAGCUAAAUUACAACAGAGCUCACAAGAAAACACGAGCCGUAGUUGAGCGGGGUAUUGGUCAACUAAAGAGGCGCUUUCACAUUUUACAUGGAGAGGUGCGACUGGCACCAGGAAAGGUCUGCAAAGUGAUAACAGCCUGUGCAGUGCUUCAUAACAUCUGUAAAGCUAGACAAAUUGCAGACCCUCCCACGGACAACUGGGCUGAUGAAGAGGAUGAUGAAGAAUACCCUCCACAAGGGAGAGAUCUGUCCCAAAGGAUGGUGUUGGAGCAGCUGCAACAGAAGGCAGGGAAUGAGGCGCUUCGGGCUGAGGGUCGUACAUCUGCGAUGCCGACGGUCCCCAUUCCUCUGCUGAAGGCUCAGUGCUACUGA